GGCACAUUACUGCAUAUCUUCUAACAGAGUUGACUCUAAAUUCUUGGUGAAUUUCAUUUAGGAUAGAGAAAAAUCAUGUAUUCUUUUUCACAGGCCCAAAGAAGAGGAUGUACUGAAAUCCUAGAAUCAUUAAACUACAGUAGUUUACUUGGACUGAAGGACACUAUAGCCAGUAAGAUAAAUGUGUGGAGUAAAGAAGACCUCAUCGGUGUCAUUCUGAACCACAGCCAAAGUGCAGAAGAGCUCCUGAAACGCAGGAAGGUUCUGCGUGAGGAAAUAUUGAAGUACCUAAUUAAACAUGGUGUCACUGUUUCUACAUCGUCAGACAAACAACAACUUAUUAAUAAAGCUUUGGUGUAUUGGAUGAUGUCGGAAAUGAAUAGAGAGCCAUCAACAGCUGAAACAGAUGUGCAAGUUCUGUACCAAAAACAUAAGGAAGGACUGGGGCAAAAGUUAGUGAACAAUACUGAAAGUAUAGAGGUAAAACCACAGACAACAACUUUCACAACAUUAAGAGAACUGAGGCAGAUGAGACAGGCAGAGGAGCAGAAGGAGAAAGAAGAGAAGGCAAAGAGGCAAGAGGAGAAUUUGCGAAGGCAAGAGGAGGAUUUGCGAAGGCAAGAGGAGGAUUUGCGAAGGCAAGAGGAGGAUUUGCGAAGGCAAGAGGAGCAUUUGCGAAAGCAGGAGCAAAUGCCGAAUCCACCGCAGGGUGCAAUGGCCAUGGAGUUGAACAUAAAUGUGAAUAUUUUGCAGCCCCCACCUCAGCAAGUGGCAAGUGGAGUCUCAGAAGGUGAACAAAUGGGCACCGAGUUCUGUGAAUGGUUCUUCCAGCUUCUGAACUCUCAGAAUCCUUCCUUUGGACAACAGGCAAAAGAGUGGGGCCCACAGCACUUUUGGGAUGAUGCAAUCCUUUACCUUACCUAUUGUAUCCAGGGAAUCGUAAAAGAACAACAUCAGAGUUCUCAAAUUGUUAGUCUGCGCCUACUCUCACUGGUAAAAGAUGAACAACUACUCUUCAACCCCAAUAUCAGCCAGAGUGGUGUGAAAUGUGCAAGUUCUCCACAUGGAAUAGUUGCCGUGGCAGUGGCUGGCACCAUUCACAGGAAUUGUCAAUGCCUAGGUGUUUUUCAACAGCUCUUUGGGCUCAUCCGCACACCAAUCUAUGGAAGCAAUUGGAAAAUCAAGUGCAUUAACCUUCAGAUGAAAGCUUUUAAUGAUCAGCCUGUAAUUAUGCAACCCAGUGUAUCUGUUCAGAUGACAGAACUACAAGCCUGUAUCAAUGAAUUAAGCACACUUCCGAAGUAAUUUAUUUUGAAAAUCAUUUUCAGCUUUAUAGCCUGAAAGGAUUUGAAAUUUGUGUGGAUUUAUGUAAUGGUUGGACAUUUUCCUGCAUAGAUGACACUGGAUAAUAAAAUUAAAAAUGACCCUCCUUCUUCUCGAUUUGGAUAUGGAAGUUUUAGCAACUAUUGUAAUCUUAGGAACCUAUUGUCUACUUUAAAAAACAGUACUGUGCAAAAGUCUUAGACACAUAAUGAAGUUAGGAAUAUUCAGACACCUCCCUGAUGGUAUUGCAUGAUGGAUCAGAAUCUGUUUGUACUUCUCAGCACUGAGGAUUCCAUUAAUUCUGACCAGAUCACCAACUCCAUUUGCAGAAAUGCAGCUCCACGAUGCAGGGAACCUCUGACAUGCUUUCCUGUUGGUAGCAGACACUCAUCUGUGUAUCGCUGUCCAGCUUUUCCAUGGACAAACUGCCUCCUGUUUGAGGCAGAAAUUUCAAAUUUUGUCUUGUCAGUCCAGAGUAGUUGUUGCUGUUGUUCAGCACACCCGUCCUGUGUUUUUGUGCGUAGGAGAGUCUCUUGGCUUUGUUUCCACUUUGAAGGAAUGGCUUUUUGGCAGCAACUCUACCGUGAACAUUUCUGACAUGACUUCUCCAGACUAUAGAGGGGUGCACUUGGGUUCCAGUAGUUUCUGUGUGUUCAGAGCUGUUAGCAGUACUGGACUUCUGAGUUAGAAAGGACAUUGGUUUGGUGUAUAUCCCGUCUCCUGCACUCAGUUUCCGUGUCCGACCACUGCAUUUCUGAUCAACCUUGCCUGUUUCUACGUGCUUCUUCAGAAAAGAUUGGACAGCACAUCUGGAAACCCCUGUCUGCCACAAUAUUUCUGCUUGGGGGAGACCUUGCUGAUGCAGGAUGACCAGCUUGUGGUCUUGUUACUAAACUCAUUCACGCCAUGGUGUUAGAAUUGAUGAUUUGAAGAUUAAGCUCCCACAUCUGCCACAAUCUUACCUUUCAGUUUAGUUGUCCUUCGUCCAGUUUGAUUUUUCUACACCUGUUUCUGUUUCAGUUAAUGAGUUUAGUGCAUUCAACUCAUUAUGUCAUUGAUCAUUAGCAUCCUGUUUGUUAUCUUGGUUUAAUCAUGCGCUGGGCUAGAUACGUACUAAGUAAUCAAGUUUUAUUUGAAAGGUGGUCUAUUACAUAUAUGUUACUUCCUUCAAAGAACUACAAAAGUUCUUGGUAACAUUUAGUUUUUUGGAAAAUGGUACGUUUAGAAAUCUAAAAUUUGCUCUUUUCUACUGAUACACUAAUGCAGAAGAGAAAAGUAAACAUCUGAAACAAAAUUUGUAUAUAAAAUCUAGGCUGCCUAAGAGUUUUGCACAGAACUGCAGUUAUCUUAAAAAGAAAAUUGAUCUUUUGAAAAAGAUGAUUUUGGUAUGAAAAUCCUUUGUGCAUUAUUUUUAAUCAACAGAUCAAUAUAUUUAGUAAAUGACACUUUGCAUCAUUUUAUUUAAAUCAUCACUGCAUAUAUAAAUUACUUUUGUUAAAGCAAUAUAGAAUGGAGCCUCAUCCAAGCACCAAUAAAAUGGAAGCAACUGGAAAAUCCAGAUGAAAGCUUUUAACAAUCAGCCGGCAAUGAUCCAACCCCGUGUAUGUACUGUGCAGAUGACAAUACUACAGGUCCACGUCAAAGAAUUAAGUGCACUUCUGAAGUCGGCAGAUUUUGGAUAGGGAAGGACAAUGUGUUGAGGUGUAUCAGCUGUGACUAUGAUGAACAGGCUCGAGGGGCAAAACAGCCUCUGGUGCUCUUAUCUCUUACCUUUAUGUUAUCAUUUGUAUCAAAUAGAAGCUUGUGUUUAAAUGUGACUUUAAUUUGAGUUUUUAUGUUCUCAGUGACAGUGAUGAUCAAAAUAUGCUUGUGCUUGUUUGGUAGCUACAGCUAACAUUGAAAGUUAUAGAAAGGAUGCAGACCCCACCUAGAAAAUAAUUAUUGGAGGGAUGGGGGUAUAAGGUGGGAAUCUUGCUCAAUUAUACAAAGAGGUUCUGCUCCUGGACAUGAAACAUAAGCAAGACUCUUUACUUUUAAUAUCUGCUGCUUCUUAGUAAUAAGGCCCCAUAUGCCACCUAGGCACUAAGGGUUCAGACAACGACGACGCUUCUUAGUAACAUUGAUGAAGAAGGACAUUCUCAACUCAUUAUUUUCUAUGUUAUUAUCUGGACUUUGGGUUUUACGAUUCUCUGGUUAUUUGAUUGUUACACUAAUUAUCAUUGACAUAAAUUAAUUGAAUAACAAAGUUUGCAUUAAUCAUUAA